AUGUUGAAGCUUCGAGAGAGUCGGCCCAUGUAUCGUUCGAAUCCGAUGCAAUCGGACUGCGCUCGAAGCUUUUAUCAUUUGGAACCAUCCGUACAUCUUCGAGACAUGAUCAGGGCAAUUACUUACUAUUUUCAGACUACACCUGGAGAAAGCCUUCCCAUGGAUUUUGAGGAGUAUGAUGAUGCGCUGAUGGCACAUAAGUCUGUUUUGCGUAUGAGAUCUAACCCGACUAGUUCGAGCAACAUGAGCAGGCAGCAAGUCGAAUCGGUAACAAAAUGGCUGAAGAAGAUUCCAUCCGGUCCUGGAGCUCUCGACGCUGACGUAUCGUCUCUUAUGGCAGAAUUCGAUGUUAUUAAGAACUCUUCUACACCAGAAGCUGAGGUAGAAAGUACGGACUCCGCAUCUUCCUUUGACAUAAUUGCUCCUAAAGAUGGUGCCGUUCCAGAAACUCCUGUCGAAAAAGUGUUGAGCGCUGAAUUCCUAAAUGUUCGUUUGUUCGAUUUGAAAGCUUUGUUGGUUUGAAC